AUGGUGGUCAUCAGAGCCGCUCGCCCAACUUUCCGCAAUGAAAACAACAAGGUCGCCUUUGCAGUUUACGCUUCCUUCACCGUCUCUGACUACAAGUUACUCACCUCUUCCUCAACUGAGGAAGUGGGCAUUGAGAAAUGGAACGAGCUGGAGAACGAGUACGCGUUCGUGCAUUUGAACUCGAAGAAGGUUCUGGUGAAGUGUCUUGUGAUUGAUGGAACAUUAAGCGUAGAUACUCUGGCUGAGGGGGCUUCUCAGAACGUUCACUAUGAAUUCAAGGUUAGUGAUUAUGUGCAAGAAAAUGAGGGCAGUAAUUACUCAUCACAAUUUAAGAACUUGGAUAUAUAUCAAUCUCUGUUAGUGAGAGUAAUAUGGAAGUUGGUGGCUUGGGUGAAGACCCUGAUCAUGAUGAACCCUCGUUUUCACUCUCAUAGUCUAUGGGUAUUUUGA